AUGUCUGCAUUUCCCAAACUUUCUUCCCUCGGCCUCGAGGCCUGCUUUCGGUACCAUGUUCACAAUUCCCCCGAUGCCACGGCCGUGGUAGAAGGAGACCAGUCCAUCACCUACCACGAGCUCAACGAGCGCGUUAACAAGCUCGUUCCCGUUCUCACGAGAGAAAGUCUGCAUCCUGAAGAGCCGAUCGGUAUUCUACUUCCCUCAGGAAUUGCAAAUGUUGCGUCUCAGAUUGCAGUCCUCCGCGCUGGAGCCACCUGCGUGCCUCUCGAUCUGUCUCUUCCAGACCAACGAAUCCGAGAUUUGCUGAACGCUAUAAGUGCUCGCCUGGUCAUGACUGUCAAGGGCGAGCAGACGCGAUUUAACGAAUUCCAUGCCAUCUUCCCGGCGACCGAGCUGGCCGAUCUACACCAGAAUGGGUUCCACGACGAUCCCAUUCCUGCGCCUACCGGCAAGAACCACCGGACCCAUAUUCUGCACACGUCGGGCACCACCGGCCUGCCGAAGCCCGUCGAGAUCCUGUCCCAAGGAAUCACCCGCAUGGCGUUCAACACCCAAGUGGUCCAAUUCUCGAGCUCGGAUCGGGUGGCGCAGAUUUCGGCGCCGAGCUUCGACGCCGCCUUGUUCGAGAUCUGGACGACUCUGGCGCGCGGCGGUGCCAUUGUUACGCUGCCGAAGAGCGUCGUCGUGGACCCUAUGGCUCUUUACGAGAGCUUUAACAAGUAUCAGAUCAACACUAUCUUGCUCACCACGGCUUUGCUGAACCAUGUCGUCUCCGUCAUCCCCGACGCCUUCAGGGACCUCGACUAUGUCCUCACCGGCGGCGAAGCUGCCAAUUCCACCGUCAUGCAAGCCGUGCUCGACAACGGUGCGCCGAAGCACCUCGUGCAUGCCUACGGUCCCACCGAGGGCAGCAGUAUCGCUACCUACCACCUCGUGACUCUGGAGGAAGUUCGUCAAGGUUUGACUCCGAUUGGUCGUCCCCUCGACGAGACCACCAUCUAUCUUCUCGACGAGAACCUGCAGCCCGUUGCCGAUGGUGAGUCCGGAGAAAUGUACAUCGGCGGAACCGGUGUCGCUCGGGGGUACUUGGGCCGUCCCGACGCACACGCGAAGAGCUUCCUCAACCUAUCCCACCUAUCAAAGGACGGCUCGGAGGUCCAGGUCUACAAGACCGGAGAUUUGGCGCGGAAGCUUGAGUCCGGCGCUUUGGAGUUCAUGGCCCGCGCCGACAACAUGAUCAAGAUCCUCGGAUACCGAAUCGAGCCCGGUGAGAUCGAGGGCGCUCUGCUCAAGAGCGACAUGGUCCAUGCCACCGUUGCUCUCCCCAUUCGUCGGCCUGGUAAGGAGAUGUACAUCACGGCGUUCGUGCAGCCGAAAGAAAAUUCUACCUUCUCUCUGGCCCAGUUAGACUGGUACCUCCGCAAGGUCUUGCCCUCUUACAUGGUCCCCCGACUGGAGGUCGUCGACCGAUUCCCCUUCACCGUGCACGGCAAGAUCGAUCGCGCUGCUGUCGUGACCAAACACAUCCAGGAGACCGAGCGCGCCGAGCAGAAGGCUCUUGAGUCGGUCGAUUCCAACGGCCAUGUUGACAGUGGGACGUGGUUGCGCGCCCUGUGGACUUCGGUCCUGGGCAUCAGCAACAUCUCACACAACAGCAACUUCUUCCAUCUCGGUGGCAGCUCCCUACAGGCUGCUGCGCUGCUGGUCCACAUCCGUCGCCGAUAUGGUCUCUCCCUGACAAUGCAGCAGAUCUACGACUUCCCGACCUUGGAGACCCUUGCAGGAGUCAUCGACGCCGGCAAGACUAGCAACAAGAUCGACCACUCGCGUCUGGGCAUGUUCAUUGCCGACUCCCAGCUGGCCAACAACAUCAGCGUCCCUGCCGGCGAGGCUCCUAACUGGCGAGCUCCCUCCGAAGGCCGAGUCUUCCUGACCGGUGCCACCGGGUACUUGGGAACCUACUUCCUGCGCCACCUGAUCGACAUGCCCGAUGUCAAGACCGUCCGCUGUCUCGUUCGCGCCGCAGACACAUACUGGGCUCGUGGUCGCAUCCUCGCCGCACUGAACAAAUACGGCCUCGGUCAGGAGGAAAACCUCGACAAGAUCUCAGCCGUGGCCGGCGACCUCGGCAAGGACCUCUUUGGUCUCCCCGAGGCCGAAUUCCAAGAACUCGGACUCUGGAGCAGCGUCAUCUUCCACGCCGGCGCUCACAUCAACUACAUCCAGCCUUACGAGAAGCACCGCGACACCAACGUCAUCGGCACGCUUAACUGCAUCAAGCUCGCCACGGCCGGUCGCCCUAAGACCCUGCACUACAUGUCCACUGCAGCCGUCACGGGCCCAAUGUCGCACUUCACCGGCGAAGAGCGAAUCUACGAGGACACUGAGCUCGGCGAAUUCCAAGCCUGGCUCCCAUACGACAUCGGAUACACACAGAGCAAAUGGGUCUCGGAGCAGAUGGUGCACAGCAUGAUGGCCAAGGGUCUUCCGGCCAUCGUGUUCCGCCCGGGCUUCAUCAUGGGCGACACGGCACGAGGAAAAGCCAACAUCGACGACUUCAUGGGCCGAGUAUUCAUCGGGUCGAUCAAGCUCGGCUGUCGACCCAUCCUGCCCAACCAAAGUAAGGUCAUGAUCCCCGUUGACUUUGUCACGCACGCCCUGGUCCACAUCACAUCGAACCCAGUGAACCACAACCGCACGUUCCACAUCGUGCCGCAGAGCCCCGAGGAAGACAAGGACGUGGAAGCCUGCUGGAACAUGCUCGAGGAGUGCGGAUAUCCGCUGAAGGCGCUGCCCUACAAGGACUGGUUGGAAGCGCUCUCUUCGGAUAAGGAUCUGCUCGCGAACCCGCUACUCCCGAUGCUGCCGGUGCUGCAGGAACCCGUGCGCAAGCACCGCACGCGGUGGGAGCUAUACGAGGAUAUGGCGCAGUAUGAUAUCACGAAUACGAAGCAGGCCCUGGCGGAUAUGCCGAAGCGGAGAACCGGGUUUGUCAUGGAGGAUUUGGAGCGACAUGUGGCGGACUGGGUGGAGAGGGGGUUGGUGCCUGCUAGAGGGUGAGGUUAGAGUUUCGAUUCAAUUUGUUUGCACGCUUAU